AUGAAUACAAACGACGUAAACAGCUUCGACGCCGGUCGAAGACCAAGGCCCAAAUCUUCCAUCCUCGAGGGCUUCAUGCAUCGUCGUCAGGCUUCCACUGAUACCUAUUCAUUCCAAGCCCCGUUUGAUGGCCCUGUCUCUCCUAUACAGCCCAAGAUCAUGGCUUUUGAGAACUACUCCAAUCCGGGGGCACUGGCAGAGCUACAAUACAACCAGCAAGAGUCCUCCGGACGCUUCUCAAGGCGACAAGACCGAGGCCGAUCACAGUCCCCGACCAAGAGCAGCUUUGGCAACUUCACCAUCAUAACAGCACCCGGCAAAGAAGCCAAAGGCUCGAAAUCUCGCGAUCCCUCGCCCACCAAGCCGAAGCGACCAAAGUCAACAACUAACCUGGCUGGUCUGCUCAAGCCCAAGACGCUGCGAAACUUGGGCAGGUUCGGAUCCGACGACAAUGUCAAUUCAUCCAAGGACAAGGAAAACAGAACUCCCGAAGAACCUGCAGCGGACCCUGCACCGACACCCAUUUAUUCUCAGUUUGCCUCUCGACCGAACAUCGAACCAGCCCAAAGCACACGCCGUAGUAUGGACGAAGCACGGGCACCAAGUGCUCAGGAUCUUUAUAAUGGCAGUCGAGUCGCCGUCAAGGAGCGACCAAAAUCGUACCAUCCCAUGCUGGGAAGAAUGGAACCACCCCCCUCACCAACCAAGGCACGCACUUCAAAUGAUUCCCGAAAGGGAUCAAAAGACUCAACUGAGGCCAAGAGUAAGAGCGGUCGAGGUAAGGUCUUGAGCGUCUUCACUACAUUCAACCAUAGCCGAUCCAAAUCGACAUCAGUUGUCCCUGAACCGACCGAGGCAGUACUUGACCCUAAGGAUAUUGACAAGCAUCUUGAAGCCAUGUUAGACCGACGAAACAUUCCAGAGAAUCAGAGGUACAAGAUGAGGAACCUGAGCGACACCAUCAAGAUGGAGUUUAUCCGCCAGGACUGGGCCGAAUCACAAGCUUCUCGUACAGAGAGAUCAUGCUCAACAGACAGCGCCAACAGCGGCUUGGUCAUGGAAGCCGGCGCGCAAAAUGAGGAGAAACAGAAGCGAUCACGAGGCAAGAGUUUUACCCUCUCACGAGGAAGAAAGGAAUCAAAGGAGCCAAGCUCUCCCAUCAAAAAGUCAAAGGGUGAAGGGACAUUAGGUCGUCAUUUCAGAAGCAAGUCCACCGACAGCGUAGUCAGCGAAGGGCCUCCUGGAUCCAGCGGCUCCGUAUCCAACUCUGGAAUCCUCUCCAAGAUUAAGCUCAACCAAGGCCCAGGCGAUUAUGUGGCCUAUCUCAGAAAGGUUCAAAAACCAGAACUUGUCGAGGUCGGCAAAGUUCACAAGCUACGACUGCUUCUCAGGAACGAGACAGUGGCAUGGAUCGAGGACUUUAUUCAGCAAGGCGGCAUGAAGGAAAUUGUAGGUCUGCUCAACCGCAUCAUGGAGGUUGAAUGGAGGGAGGAGCAUGAAGAUGCACUGCUCCACGAGAAUCUUCUCUGCCUAAAGGCGUUGUCGACGACAGCUCGCGCCAUGCAAUACCUUCACACGAUCCAGAGCGAUCUAUUUCCCAAGCUCCUACAUAUGCUCUUCGACCCAGAGAAGAAGGGUCCCAGCGAGUUUACCACUCGUAACAUCAUAACAUCUGUCUUGUUCACGUAUGUUGAGUCUGCUGCACCAGCCGAACGGGUCACAAGAGCCCAGAGCAUUCUCGCACACCUCAGAGACCCCGAGCCAAAGGAGGACCAGCGCCCAUUGCCAUUUGUCCUAGAGAUGAGACAAGAAAGGCCAUACCGCGUUUGGGGCAAGGAGGUUGUUAGCGUCACUAAGGAAGUGUUCUGGAUCUUCCUUCACAACGUCAACGUUGUAUCCCUUCCUUCGGACCGCCCCUCGACGUGUGACCCUGCCCCUGGUCCGUACAGUUACAUGCUUCGACAUUUCCCUCAAGAGCGACCCCCGGUCCCAGCAGCACCAUAUGUGGGCGGAGUCGAAUGGGAUGCGACCAACUACCUGGCUUCUCAUCUCGAUCUCAUGAACGCCAUCUUGGCCUGCACACCGACACAAGAGGAGCGCAACACUCUCCGCGCACAGUUCCGAAUUUCGGGAUGGGAGCGAUGCCUUGGUGGUAGUCUACGACUCUGCAAAGAGAAGUUUUAUGGAAGUGUGCAUGACGGGCUUCGGACAUGGGUCGGAGCGGCGGCCGAGGAUGGUUGGGAUGUCAAGGAUGUGCGAUACGGGCCGCCCCCUGACGCUCGGGCUUCACCAAAGAAAACUGGAGGUGGUCAGAAGAAACCGGUCGAGGCGGCGCCAAAGCUUGAGAUGCCGAAGCUCGAUUUUGGCUUGGAUAAGGCAUCCACUCCGAGUAAGGAGAAGGAUAUGUGGCUGUGA